CAGUGACUACAGGCGUGAAGCAGCCUUUAGUCUUUCGAUUGAUGAUUUCCAAAUAUGCUCUGCGUGUGGUUAUUCAGGGUCACCUCAUAUAUACACGAUUGCAGCAAGAUAUAUCGUGACCAAAUCAGGUUAAAUUCACGUGAUUCGACAUAUUUAUCGGAUUAAAAUUUCACUUUGAUUAACAGUUUUAUCCCAUGAGUUUGGUCCUCGUCGGCUGUUCUGCAAUUCGCACGUUUUAUGCACACUCCAUUAUUAUUAUAGUUCAAUCCGCAAUCUCAUUUCCCGCGAAAUCGGCAUAUAUAUAUAUAGACGAUAGCGCAGAUAAGACGAUCUAAAGGAAUACAUUACUGCUCGUGGUGCAUUGAAUAGUAAUAAAAUUCACCGACGAAUCGUUGUCCAGUAUUGUUUUCGACGUGACACCGAAUAUAUAAUCGUCCGUCAGCUUACGUAACUAGUGGUCGACGAUGAGAUACAAAAACGAGGUAGUCGUAUGUGACUCCGACAGUGUCCUCGCGCACGUUACCUCGAAAUAAUCAUUCGUGUCUCUCCGACUGCGUCUCGUCGUCGUCGUCGUCAUGGAAUUCUGGGUACUGUUGUCUCUCUUGGCCAGCGGCUACGCUGUUUACCGUUAUUGUUUCAAAGGCCUGGACUACUUCAAGAAGCACGGGAUUCACCAUGUGUCACCGUGGCCCGUGUUGGGCAACCUGGGGCCGAUGUUUCUGUGCCAGACUUCGAUGGCCGAGCUCCUGAAGAAGGUAUACGAUAUGAGCCCGAACGCUAAGUACGUCGGCUUCUUCGACGCCAUGAAUCCGGUAGUGAUGAUCCGCGACCCGGAGCUCAUCAAAUCCAUCGCCGUGAAGAACUUCGAGAUAUUCCCCGAACAUCGUUCCUUUAUUGACGAGGUCAACGACCCGAUGUUGGGUAAGAACCUGUUCUCCCUUCGUGGCGAUAAAUGGCGAGAGUUGAGAAAGCUGCUGAGCCUCGCGUUCACAUCCGGCAAGAUGAAGACCACGUUCGAGCUGAUGUCCAACUGCGCUGCCGACUUUGCCGACUUCCUAUCGAAAAUGCCGACGGACAAGAAUGUCGUGGAGUUAAAGGACAGCUUCACCAGGUACACGAACGACGUAAUCGCGACCUGCGUCUUCGGCAUCAGCGUCGACUCCAUGAGAAACCCCAAAAAUGACUUUUAUAUGUACGGCAUGGAGGCUACAACUUUUACCAUCAUCACCACCAUCAAGUUCUAUUUAUGUCGGAGCAUGCCGUUCUUGUGCAAGAUUCUGAGCAUCAAGACGGUUAGCAAUCAAAUGACCAGGUUUUUCAAUGAUAUCGUGAGAAACACGAUGUAUACCAGGGAAGUAAAGAACAUCGUGCGGCCGGACAUACUGCAGCUAAUGAUGGACAGUAGAGGCAAGAGAGGCUCCGGUAAGGAGCUGACUAUCCAGGACAUAACUUCGCAAGCCUUCCUUUUCUUCAUCGGCGGCUUUGAAACAGCCUCCACCUUAAUGUGCUUCGCCGCUCUCGAGAUUACCACGAAUUCGGACGUGCAGGCGAAGCUGCGUGCCGAGGUGGACGCGGUCAUGAAGGCCACCGAUGGAACGUUGACCUACGAGGCAGUGAAGGGGAUGCAGUACUUGGACGCUGUUAUGAACGAGGCGCUCAGGAUGUACCCGGCGGUGCUCUUUCUCGACAGAGUGUGCGUGAAAGAAUUCAAACUGCCUCCGGCGCUACCCGGCGACAAGCCUCACGUCCUGAAGAAAGGUUCGACUGUCUGGUUUCCCGUUUAUGCUCUUCAUCACGACCCGAAGAACUUCGAAGACCCGGCGAGCUUCCGUCCCGAACGCUUCUUAGACGAGGACAAAAUGGGCUUUAAUCCGGACGCGUAUCUCCCGUUCGGAAUCGGCCCGAGGAUGUGCAUCGGCAAGAGGUUCGCCUUGCUGGAGACCAAGGUGAUGCUGGUGCACCUGCUGGCCCGUUGCGAGCUGAAACGUUGCGAGAAGACCGUGUACCCGAUACGACUCAGCAAGAAGAAGUUCACUAUCCUCGCGGAAGGCGGAUCCUGGAUCAAGAUUCAGCCGAGAAGUGACGCUCUCAAUGUUGUAUCGCCGAACACUGUCAGCGGCAGCGCGGCCAAUGUCCAAAUAUAAGUCCGCGGCAGCGUUGAUAGAAUAUGUAUUCGAUAAUUUAUAAUCACAACUUAUGCAAGCAUGUAUGAUUCAUCCUUCCCUUAUUUUAAUCUGUGGAUUUAUUGUGAUUACAUAAUAAUCAUUACGUAAUAAUGAUACUUUAUUUUAGGUUAA